GUGCCUCCGCACUUCAAGUUCUGGGAUCCCAAAACCCUAACGGCACGGCCCGUCUCAUAUAAAAGGCCUUCGUACCAUCGCCACCGAAACCCUAGAAGGAUCGCACAAGGCAGAACAAGGAGGCAUCCCGUCCUCGCCUCUCUAUCCAGAUCUCCUCUCGGCUCGCUCGAUUGAUCUCGCGAUGUCCACCGGAGAGCUCGCCUGCUCCUACGCCGCCCUCAUCCUCCACGAUGAUGGGAUCGCCAUCACGGCGGAGAAGAUUUCCACCUUGGUGAAGGCCGCCAAUCUGAAGAUAGACUCCUACUGGGCUCCGCUCUUCGCCAAGCUGCUCGAGAAGAGGAGCGUGGACGACCUCAUCUUGAGCGUUGGUUCCGGGGGAGGCGGUUCUCCUGUUGCGGUCUCAGCGCCGGCUGGUGGUGCAGCUGCGCCUGCUGCCGCGCCGGAAGCUGAGGAGAAGAAGGAGGAGCCGAAGGAGGAGAGUGAUGACGACAUGGGAUUCAGCUUAUUCGAUUAGAGAGCUUUGGCUACUUCUUUCCUUUCAAUUUUAAGAUGGAGAAAUUUUCAUUUUAUUCGUAAGAGCUGUCAUCAUUUAGAUUUUCGAUGCUGGAAUGUGUUUGAGUUGAUACAUCUGAAGAGAUCGUUUUACGUUUAUCAAGUGGAAUAUUGAGAUUUCUAUCUGCAAGCAUUUUAUGUUUUAGUUAAGUUUGUAGUGCUCUGGACGAGAAUGAUCAAUAAUCCAUGGUGGGUUCUUAAAUAAUCUUUAAUUCAGUUCU